UGUCAUACGAAGAACUGGGGGUUGAGAAAACAUACCGGCAGUUUUCCUACUCGGAAUCGGAAUUUACGACCUCCGAGUUACACUUGAACACAGCAUCACUCUUCAUGCAUAUUAUGAUUCAGACCUAUUCGGACCUGUCUCUUUCCAACGACAGCCUCCUGACAUGUGCAUGCAACUUGACUGAUUUUUUCAGUAACAUUUUGUUUCACCAUGCCCAAAAGACCUUUCACCAGAUCUGGAAAAGCCUUAAAAGAAGACAUGUUGGCAACGCUGCCGUCGUGGAAAGGAAAAACGCAGCCAACAGCACCCGACGUUAGCAUCAUGGCGGACGACAGUAGCAAUGGCGGUGACUGCAAGAACCUGACUGAAACUAACGCUAUCCAAGAUGACGAAGAUGAUUUUUAUAUUUCCAGCGACACCCUUGAUGCUGACAGAGGAGACAAAUCUCACACUGUCGUUAGGAGUCCAACAGCAGCAGUCAUGAGCAAAAAGGCUAAGAAAAGAGAACAUCUGCUGAGACUGAAAAUCCGGAAAUUGAAAAAGGAGAUGGCCUCCCUUCGUCAAAAAGUUGCAGGCCAAGCCAAUGCUGUAGUGAAGGAGUCAUCAUCAUCUGCACCCCCCUCAUCAGCCACCUCCUCCUCUUCAUCUGCUGAGUCCAACUACUCCUCAUCCUCCCUGUCGUCCCACGGAGAUCAUUGCCAGAUACAAGAGGGUGUUGAGGGCAUACAACAGUGGAAAGAAAUUGCGCGAAGCAUGUGCAUUCGCUGGUGUCACAGAGCUGACGGCUCGUUUGUCUUUGAGCAUGUCCUUCAGAAAAAGUUCCUCCUGCUGCUGCUCCACAGCUCCAGAAACCAGAAACCAGGCCAGCGCUGUAUAAUGAUCAGCAGUGUGGGACCGCUGGCCUGGAUUCCUGAUUACUGGAUGUUUGUUUGGUGGAUUCAGCACCCAGAGAGGAGCAACACAUGGUGCAACAGAGAGAAUCUCAGGGAGGUGUCAGGAUGA